CUGGCUGAGAAGAAACGAAACUUAGGCUACUGUACUAGUAUUCCAGAGUGACGAUACUCAUCCUUUCGCUUCAUAUAGGGACGCCAACAGGUACUGUUGUUGUAAAUGUGUCAACUUCCGUAGGCUACUUUAUACUUCUGCUUAAUACAAACAAUUAUUGUACCUGGGGAGGGAACGGCGUAAUAUUAACACAUAUUAUAGCUGGGCAGGGAACGCGCAUGGUGUGACAGCAGGCCAGCACACAAGGUGUUCAUUAUCAGUGUGGCCACCUGAGCAUUGUUGCUUUAUGUGCUGGUGCAACUUUACAACUAUUGAAAUGAGCUCCAUUUUAACCAAACUACUUCAACUGGAGUGCCGCUUCACCUGGGAUUUGAGGCAAGAUGACAUGGAUAUUGAUAAUCUACAGACCAGGCUCAAGGACCAGAUUGAGUUAGGUCUCGGGAAAGAGGCAGGGGUUGCACGGACAUUCAGCAAUCUGGCCUACAUCAAAUACCUGAAGGGUUACCCAGAAGAGGCAAUGGCUAACUUGUUAAAGGCUGAGGAGCUCACGAGAGAGUACCAUGGUGAGGACUGUGAGAAACAUCUCAUUGUCCCCUAUGGAGACCUUUCCUGGUUACAUUACCAUGUGGGUGAUUACAUCAAGUGCCAGAGUUACUUAGAGAAACUGGAGGAGAUGAAAGAGAAGUUUCCAACUAGUUCCACAUCUGUCCUCCAUCCUGAGGUCUAUGGUGAGAAGGGUUGGACCUUCCUCAAGUUCUCCUAUAAAUACUAUGACAAAGCACUAGAAUGCUUCAAGAAAGCUCUGGAGCUGGAGUUUGAGGAGAGUGAGUCGAAUGCAGGUUACGCCAUUGCAUUGUAUCGUACAGAAAAAGAGCUCUCAAGUGUUAAUGACUCACCAGCUAUUAAACAACUGAGACGUGCCAUAGAGAUUAACCCACAAGACGCGGUCCUCAUGGUCCUUCUGGGCCUGAAACUGGCUGUCUAUAAAAUAUUUGGGGAGGCAGAGGAGUUGGUGGAGAAAGCUCUGGAAAUGUCCCCAGACUGUCCGCACGUGACACGUUAUGUAGGGAAGUUUCUCCGACAGCAGGGGCACGUUGACAAGUCCAUUGCUCUGUUGAACAGAGCACUAAAGCGUACAAGCCAGUCUGCCAUAAUACACCAUCAAUUGGCUCUCUGCUACAAGAGGAAAAAGAUCUCAGUAUGCAAGAGUGGAAGCUUCCAUGGUAAGGGGGCUGAGAUCCAGCAGCUACUCCGUAAGUGCAUUCAACAUCUGGAGAUGGCUACUUCACUGAAGCCUUCCUUCAUCUAUGCCAUGGCUGAGCUGGCACUGCUCUACGGAGAGGAUAAAGACAUCACCAAGGCAGAGGAACUGUUCAAGAAAACCUUUGAGAAAGCCCUAGCUAAGAAUGACAGUCUGCAGGUCGUCAACUUCAACUAUGGCCAGUUCCAGCAGUAUCACAACAAAUGUGAACCUCUGGCCAUCAAGCACUACACAGAAGGUUUGGAACUACAGAAAGACACUGCCGAUGGGAAGAGUUGUGCCCAGAAACUGAAGAUGAUCGCAGAGAGGCGCAUCUCCCAAGACCCCAUGGAUGGAGAGGCCUGUGGUAUUCUGGGGUUUGUCUAUAGAAUGCAGGGGAAGAAAGAACAGGCCGUACAGUGGUAUGAUAAGGCUGUUGUGCAUGAUUGCAAUGACAAAUACCUCUCUGCACUCUGUGAACUUCGCCUGUCUCUUCAGCAAUAAUACUCCGGAGUCAAACAUGAAUCUGCACUCUGUAAUCUAAUAAUAAAGCCUGAAAGUGUGCAUGCCUCCACUUAAAUCUUUGUUAGACUUAGUUUAAAUUCCCCCUGAUUCAAGAUUGAUAUGAUUUAGCAUAGUAACAAAAAAAAUGAACUUGAUUUAUGUUUGUGUGUGGAAAUAUGGUUUGGGUCAUUUGAAGAUAUAGUUAUGAAAUUAAAAUAUAUUAUUGUAUUCUACAUGCGCUUUUAGGUUUACAGGCAUUUACUGCACUUUUAACCACUAUUAAAGGACACCAAUAAUAAGAAGAGACUUGCUUGGGCCAAGAAACUCGAGCAAUGGAUAUUACCCCAGUGGAAAUCUAUCCUUUGGUCUAAUGAGUCCAAAUGAGAGAUUUUUGGUUCCAACCACAUUGUAUUUGUGAGACGCAGAGUAGGUGAAUGGAUGAUCUCUGCAUGUGUGGUUCUCACCGUGAAGCAUGGAGGAGGAGGUGUGAUGUGGUGUGGUGGUGCUUUGCUGGUGACACUGUCUGUGAUUUAUUUAGGAUUAAAGGCACACUUAACCAGCAUGGCUACAACAGUAUUCUGCAGUGAUACUCCAUCCCAUCUGGUUGGCAUUUGUUUUUCAAUAGAACAAUGACCCAACACACCUCCAGGCUGUGUAAGGGCUAUUUUACCAAGAAGGAGAGUGAUGUAGUGCUGCAUCAGAUGACCUGUCCUCCACAAUCACCCGACCUCAACCCAAUUGAGAUUGUUUGGGAUGAGUUGAAAGCAGCCAACAAUUGCUCAACAUAUUUGGGAACUCCUGGUGAAACUGGUUGAGAGAAUGCCAGGAGUGUGCAAAGCUGUCAUCAAGGCAAAGGGUGGCUACUUUGAAGAAUCUCAAAUAUAAAAUAUAUUUUGAUUUGCUUAUCACUUUUUUUGGUUACUACAUGUGUAUGUGUUAUUUCAUAUAUUUGAUGUCUUCAAAAUUAUUCUACAAUGUAGAAAAUUGUCAAAAUAAAGAAAAACCCUUGAAUGAGUAGGUGUGUCCAAACUUUUUAAUGUUACUGUAUAUAUAUCAUGUUUUAAAAAAACAUUGUUGGACAUAAAAGACUGUAAAAUCACCAGGAAAUCAACUGAAAGUCAUUUUAAUUGAUGAAAUCUAUUCCCAAGUAUUCCCACGCAUAGAGUGGCAUAUGUAUUUGUGUAAUCAUUUGUAUUGUAAUUAAGGUUCGAAAUGAUUCUGUUUGAGUCAAAUACUAUAUAUCUUUGGUCUUCCCUGACGAUCUGCUCAAGAAAAAAAAUGGCCUUCAGCUGUGAAUAGACUUUUACAAAGGAGCCAUCCUACGCUGGCCUUGGAUCAUGACUGCCCUCUCUUGUCAAAAUAAGUGGCGUAUCCCCGUCACCGUGCUGAUGACCAGGGAGCUGGAGAUGAGGGCAAAGCCACUGAGGAAGAAGGUGGCCGUGUAGGUGCCUGUGGUGUCAACCAGCCAGCCUGCAGAGGGAGGAGGAGGAGGAAUGAGGUUUUUAAAGGGCAAUCAACAUGUCCAAAAGAUCCAAGGAAGAUCUCCAUGGUGGAGAUGAGAGAAAGCAGUGUAUCCUGGAGAGUUGGGUGAGACUAACUAAAAUAGCCAAAACAUCACUACUUUCCUAUGUAAGAGGGGUUAAACAUCCCAAUCUAAGAGAAGCAGCAAAAACUGACCGAUGGGUUGACUGAGUUACACACUGCCAGUCAGCGGCUUGUGACUUUAUCAACUGAAGCAUACCGUAACUUUGCUGUGUGAUUGUAAAAAGCACAUUUACAUGACAUUGUCUUCAGUCUUAUAUCUGGAGUAUUUCUCCUGUCUUAUCCAGUGUCCUGUAUGAAAUUAAGUAUGCUCUCUCUAAUUCUCUCUCUCUCUCUCUCUCUCUCUCUCUCUCUCUCUCUCUCUCUCUCUCUCUCUCUCUCUCUCUUCUUUCUCUCGGAGGACCUGAGCCCUAGGACCAUGCCUCAGGACUACCUGGCCUGCCUGAUGACUCCUUGCUGUCCCCAAUACACCUGGUCGUACUGCUGCUCCAGUUUCAACUGUUCUGCCUGCUUCUAUAGAACCCUGACCUGUUCACCGGACGUGCUACCUUGUCCCGGACCUGCUGUUUUCAACUCUCUAGAGAUGGCAGGAGCGGUAGAGAUACUCUGAGUGAUCGGCUAUGAAAAGCCAACUGACAUUUACUCCUGAGGUGCUGACCUGUUGCACCCUCUACAACCACUGUGAUUAUUAUUAUUUGACCCUGCUGGUCAUCUAUGAACAUUUUAACAGCUUGGCCAUGUUCUGUUAUAAUCUCCACCCGGCACAGCCAGAAGAGGACUGGCCACCCCUCAUAGCCUGGUUCCUCUCUAGUUUUCUUCCUAGGUUUUGGCCUUUCUAGGGAGUUUUUCCUAGCCACUGUGCUUCUACGACUGCAUUGCUUGCUCUUUGGGGUUUAGGCUGGGUUUCUGUACAGCACUUUGUGACAUCAGCUGAUAUAAUAAGGGCUUUAUAAAUACAUUUGAUUGAUUGA